AUGGUCUUGACAGGCAGUGAUUCGUCCUAUGAUGACCAAAACGACGACGAAGGUCUAGACAAGGCUCUGGCAUAUCUAUUUUCACAAGCGCAUAUUGCCCGUCGUAAUCGUCUCCGUCCAUCCGACCGAUUGGAGUAUGACUCUCGACGCAGUAUCAUCUCCAGCGUCCCAAGUCUCGAGUCUGAUAAGUACUCAAUCUUCUCAGGUCCCAAGGGAUACGAUAGCCGACAAACAUAUCUGUGGAUGCACUUUCCAGAACUGAGCAAUUAUCAUAGUGGCGUAGCGGACUUAGUGUCACCAACCUCAUCGUCGUCUUGCAGUGACCCUUCCUCUGUUUGUCCUUGUACCUCCUGUGAGCGGUCUUCCUCUCAGAAGCUUAAAGAGGGAAUUGAUGGCUGGAGGAAAGCAUGUCUUCCGUAUGAGAUGAAUCGGAGCAUGAGUGAUACCAACAUUUCUCUGGCCCCGCACAGCUGCAGCAAUGCCUCCAAGAUCCUCAAGGACAACGAUAAUGAUGGAUGGGAGCACAAGACCAUCAAAAAUGAUCUCGAAAACGACAUAGAUCGAGAGGACAAGGAUGGUGUUGCGGUUGCGAACGGCGUUGAGAAUCUUUGUGAUAGCGAGCGCAUGGCGCAUAUGCGGAGUCUGGUCCCAAGGAUGGUGCGGCGACGAAUCAAUCAUCAUUUCGAUGAGUGCUGGUACGUGCGCUUUUCGCCUUCAGGCGAAUACAUGGCGUCAAUCGGUCUUGACCAAGUCAUCCAUAUUUGGAAGAACAUUAUGAGUCUAGAACCGAGCGUCGCCAAGACCUUCACUUUCGAUCGAUCAAUUGUUUAUGCUGAAUGGUCUCCGAAUAGUAGGUACAUGGUCGCGAACCUUGGCUUGGACUAUCAUCGUCCUCAGUUCAAAUGUGAACUAUAUCUCCUUGAUAUCGAGACAGGGGAAACUGUGUUCAAAAGGAGCUAUCAAGCUGAGGCUCUUAACAUCCCGGUGACCGCCGUGUCUUGGUUUUCUGACUCCGAGCGGUUCAUGACAGCCCUUCAGAAUGGACUCUAUUGCGUCUGGAAUGUGCAAGGGAAGAUUUUGCGCGAGUAUCGCGCCGAGGAGAGGUUUGCAGCGUGUCAAGCAAAGUUGAUUCCUGGCACGGACGACUUUGCUGUUGUCACAAACGCCAGAACCCUAGAGAUCAUCUCAUUCGAUAUGGGAGAAUUUUCCAAAAGGUCAUUGGAAAUCUCGUACACGUUUGCCACGUUGUUAGGCGCCGCAAUCUCAAAGGAUGGCGCCUAUGCACUUCUCACAAAUGAGACCCUCAAUGGCACACCGUGUGUUGCUUUGUACAACCUAAAGACGAUGACGCUUGUAAGGACCUUUGAAGCUGAGUCAUUUGCGCAUGAGGACUUUACGAUAUUCCCCACAUUUGCAGGGCCAAAUGAGGAAUUGGUGUGUACUGGGUCUGAAAAUGGCAAGCUACAUUACUGGGAUCUCAGAUCUGGAGAGCUCGUCACAGUUUUGGAAGAGCACACGAUGCACGUAGGAUGCACGGACGCCCACCCACGCCAGCCUGGAAUGAUGGCCUCCUGCUCCGACGAUGGCGGCAUCAUCAUUUGGAUGACUGAGAAGCUGCAGCGCGAGGUGCAGGAUGAUGAUGAAAAAUGGCUAGAUGAACGUCGCCCUGCAGUUAUGCCAUCUUACUCGUAUACCUAA